AUGAAAUCGGCUCAUUCAUCCUGGGAAACACCUGAUCCUGGCUACUGGACUAAGCAAGGCUACAUCAUCGUGCGCACCGAUGAGAGAGGUUCUGGACAAAGUCCAGGUCUUCUCGACACCAUGUCUCGAGGCACAUCGGAAGCUUUCUUUGAUGUUGUUGAGUGGUGCUCGGAACAACCAUGGUCGACUGGAAAAGUUGGUCUGCUUGGUAUUAGCUACUUUGCAGGUACUCAAUGGAGGGUAGCAGCACGCAAACCGAAGGGCCUAGCUGCCAUAAUUCCUUGGGAGGGUAUGAGUGAUUACUAUCGGGACAGAGUAAGACAUGGGGGUAUAUUAUCUGAUAGAUUUAUUGACUUUUGGUGGAAGAAUGGUGUUCAGCCAAAUCAAUAUGGAAUGCCCGGUCGGGCUGCUCGUAAGUGGGGACGAGACACGAUCGAGGGCGACCUUGAUAAGGCGACUUUGGAACAAAACAGACGAAACCAAACCCUUGACACAGUAACUCAUAAAUUUCGAGACGAGGACUACUACAAGACAAGAGACUAUUCACCAGAGGAUAUAACAACUCCACUGCUCAGCGUUGCCAAUUGGGGCGGUAUACUACUUCACCUCCGCGGCAAUGUUCUGGGCUGGAUGAGAGCCAGCUCCGAGCACAAGUUUCUCCACUUUAUCGUUGGCAGGCACGAUCUUCCUUUCUACUACGCCCAUUGUGCUCGACUGCAACGCUCAUUCUUCGAUUGCUUCUUAAAAGGUAAUGAUGAAGAUGGCUGGAAGUCUGGAAAGCAACCCAGAGUCAAGCUAUGUCUACGAGAAGGCGAUGCAGGAGUCGACGAUCCGGAACGAGAAUUGUUAUUCCCUCAUCGAGAGGAGAUAGAUUGGCCUAUACCCGACACAACAUAUACCAAGUACUACCUAACUGCAGAGCAGCAACUUUCAACAACUAGCCAAUCGAAUGUUACGUCUUUUGCAUACGAUGCCAUGGAGGGGAAACCGCUAUGCUUUACACAUAAGACCUCGGCGAGGCUCGAAAUAACUGGACACAUCGUGGCACAUUUGACAGUGAGUGCGUCUCGUUCGAAGGCAGAUGCGUCGCCUCCGUCUGACAUCGAUCUGUUCGUUACCCUUCGCAAACUCGACCAAUCUGGAAAUGAAGUCUACUUUACGGGUACGAUGGGAGACCCUGUGCCGAUUACGAAAGGUUGGUUGAGGAUGUCUCUGAGGAAGACAAACGCCACGAAUCCAGGGCAUCACAAAUAUCUGCCUUAUCGGGAUUACUUUAGCACGGACGUGGAAAAAAUUGCCGAAAAUGAACAUUAUGAGGUAGAUGUUGAGAUCUGGCCAACCAACGUAGUGUUGGAAUCCGGCCAGAGUUUGGUAUUUGAAGUGGCUGGGCAUGACACGCAAGGAGUGGGCAAAUUUUCUCAUGAGCAUCCUGAAGAUCGCAAGCCAGAGGAUUUCGCGGGCAUCAACAGCAUACACAUCGGUGGGAACCAUAGCUUCAUCACGUUGCCUGUAAUUGCUCGUGGCUAA